CGAGCCGAGCCAAGCCAAGCCAAGCAGAGGGAGGAAGGCGGGGGUCGUGGAAAAGGCUCCGUGCCGCUGCGCUCAUCCCGGCGCGGCUCGGGAACACGGUGAGAGACUGGCACGGACUAAAGUUAUCCCGGAAUAAGGCUGCACGCAUGUGCUGUCACCCCGGAUGUGAACAUGCCGGCCCGGCUCCCCACUAGCUCGCUCCGCCCGGCUGUAGCGGAUGGGCCGAGCCGAGCCGUGCCGUGCCGAGCCGUGCCAGGCGCGGUGGCGGCGGCCGUACGUGGCCACCGAAGGGCCAGGACGGGCAGGAACCGUGAGAGAACGGGUGCGAGAGGCUCCUCCGGCCAACGGGCAGCCCCGAGGGGUCGGGCAGCGACCCCCGGCACGGCCCGGCACGGCCCCUCUCGGCCCGGGGCGCCGAGAGCCGGGGGGAGGGGCGAGCCCGCGGCCCCGGGAGGGAUGGAUUUUCGAGGGAAGAAGUACGAGCGCGGCAGCAACUGGUCGGACCCCGAGGUGGUGGAGCUGCUCCAGCUGUGGGCAGACGAGUCGGUGCAGCUGGAGCUGGAGAGCUGCCUGCGCAACCAGCACGUCUUCAACCGCAUCGCCGAGGUGCUCCGUGAGAAGGGCAUCCACCGCACCGGGGACCAGUGCCGCGAGAAGAUCAAGAAGAUGAAGCUGGAGUACCGGCGCAUCAAGGACAACAGCAAGACCCCGCGGGGCGGCCGCACCUGGAAGUUCUACGACGUGAUGGACCGAGUGCUCAACAACCGACCAGCACUGGCCUACGGGCCCAUGGGCGGCGGUGUGAUGGCCAGCCAGGUGCUGCCGGGCAGCAUGGUGGAUGGCUACCACCACCAGUUCGCUGCCCCUGUCCUGCCCUUCGGGCACUCCCAGCACCCCGAACUGAUGGAGAUCAAAUGCGAGGAGGUGAAUUCUGACGAGCACUGCCUGAGUCCAGAGCCCCCGGCAGCCAUUUCUUACCAGCAGGGUUGCCCUGAAGAGCACGAGAUAGAGAGAGCCUUCCUGGAAAGGGCCCAGAAUGACUCUCCCAUCUCCAGGGUGGAGAUCCCCAUUGAAACCAGUGUUUCACCUUCAGGUUUCAGUGAGCCCAGCAUGGCCAACUCAUCCCGGAUGCAGAACGCAGUUCCUCGGCCCAGCUUCUCCGCCUUGCACCGCCUGCGGAAGAAGCGGAAAGGCCAGCGCGUGAAGGACCCACUCGACGACCUCCUGCUGAAGACUCUGACGUCACAGCGGGCCAUGGAGGAGCGUUUCUUGCAGAUGGAGGAGCGGCGGUUCCAGCGGGACCUGGACGUGGAGGAGCGGCGGAUGCAGCUGGAGCAGCGGCGCUUUGAGCUGGAGCGGGAGCACGAGUUCCGCAUGUUCAACGUUUUCGCCCAGAUGCUCAGCAUCCUGAAGCGGAGCCACGGCGGCGCAUCCCCUUCCCCGGCAGUGCCUCGAGGCCUGGACUUCAGCCAAAUGCUGUCGGAACUGACGGGCCGGGUGGGAGGAGGCGACCAGCAGGGGCCGAGGGCCGGAGGGCUGGCCGCGAGCCGGGGUGACAUAAGUGGCUUUUGCCCUCCGGAGGGGUUCCGGCGCAGCCCGUAUCUCUCCGCUCGCGGUAACGUCGCCAACAUCUUCCGGGGCUCUGACGACGAGGGGUACAAAGCGUACCACGCUGACAAGUAUGAUGAAGACACGAACCCCAACGGUAUAAUUAAUUUUGGCACCAGUGAGAAUAAGCUCUGCUUUGACCUGAUGUCCAAACGGCUGACACAGACCGAUAUGAACCUCAUGGAGCCGCUGCUGCUUCAGUAUCCUGACUGGAAGGGACACAUGUUUUUACGGGAGGAAGUGGCUCGAUUUUUGACCUAUUACUGCAAGGCCCCUGCACCUCUUAAGGCAGAAAAUGUGAUCGUUCUGAACGGUUGUGGCUCUUUGUUUUCUGCAUUAGCUACAGUCCUGUGUGAUCCAGGGGAAGCUGUUCUGAUUGCUACUCCUUUUUAUGGUAGCAUCACCCAGAGCGUCUUCCUGUAUGGCAACGUCAAGCUGGUGUAUGCCUAUUUAGACAGCAAGAUUACUGGAACAAGCACUCGGCCGUUCCAGCUUACUGUGGAAAAACUGGAAAAGGCCUUGCAGGAUGCCCAGGCAGAGGGUGUAACUGUAAGGGCCUUAAUUCUUCUGAAUCCCCAGAAUCCCCUUGGGGAUGUCUACUCCUUGUCAGAGCUACGGGAUUACCUGGAAUUUGCUAAAAGACACGAAUUGCAUGUGAUAGUAGAUGAGAUCUACAUGCUGUCAGUUUUUGAUGAAUCAGCCACGUUUCACAGUGUCCUGGGCAUGGACAGAUUGCCUGAUCCACAGAGGACUCACGUGAUGUGGGGAAUAAGUAAGGAUUUUGCUGUCUCUGGGAUUCGUUUUGGUACUUUGUAUACAGAGAACCAAGAUGUUGCUAAUGCAGUGGCUUCUUUGUGUUAUUUCCAUGGGGUCUGUGGACCAGUCCAGCACAAAGUUGCACAGCUACUUAGGGACAGAGAAUGGAUCAACCAGGUAUACCUGAGAGCCAACCAUGCCCGCCUGAAAGCUGCCCAUACGUAUGUGACAGAUGAGCUGAAGACACUUGGGGUUCCUUUCCUCAACCGUAAUGCAGGCUUCUUUGUCUGGAUUGAUUUCCGAAAGUACCUUAGGACAGGAACAUUUGAGGAGGAGAUGCUGCUCUGGAGGCGUUUUCUUGAUAACAAGGUCCUCCUGUCGUGUGGCAAAGCCUUUGAGUGCAGUGAACCUGGAUGGUUCCGCAUCAUCUUUGCUGACAAGACCCACCGGCUACAGCUGGGUAUGCAGCGGAUCCGCAAGGUUUUGGAAGAACGAGAGCAGGAGAUAAUGUCUGAGGAAAAGGAGCAGCCUUGUCAGUCAGAUCAGGAUGGCAAAGCAGAUAGCACAGAUGAAGUCAUUUUCGUAUCCCGCCACCAGGAAUCUUCCUGUGCUGGUAGUUCCAAUCUCAGUGACCUUAUUGGCCUCCUGCAGCAGCAGAUGCGUUCAUCUGAUUGGCUACAGAAAAAUACAGCAGAACAGCUUGCAUAGAAAAAGCCAGAGAUGUACAGCAUGUUCAACAAACUCAUGGGAAAGCAGUAGGGGCCAGUGUACCUUUAGGCAUGUUCUUGAGCACUAAUGGCCCUGGGCCCCUAACAGCAGCUCAGCAUUGACUUCCAGCAAAUAAUAUAUUUUCUGUAUAGCAAGAAAAUCACUUUGUAAAACCCCUCCUCUACCCCACUUGAUGUCUCUGAUUUGUAUUAUAUAGGUGAUUUCCUUGGAUUGGGGUGAGGGUAGGGAAUGAUGGGGGUUUUGUUCACCUGCUGCCCCUCAUCCUGCUGCAUCAUUGUAUUUUGUAUUUCAUUUCUAAUGAAUAUGCUCUUAACUCUCUUAUAAGG